CAUCUCAUCUCAUCUCAUCUCGUUUUUCGCCAGGUAGUAGCUGCGCUCGUCAAACAGCGCCGCACGCGGUUAGUGGGCGCUUCUACCUGCCUGCCUGGAUCUCUUGGUUGCCGCUGCGCGCUCUGUGCUGUAUGUACGAUAACUACGGAUACAUAGAAUAGAAUGAUGGUAAAUGGGCAAUGGGAUCCAUAUUGAAGAUAGCACGGAUGCUUGUACGUGCUGUGUUUGUAUGUACAAUGGGAUUAUUGUACAUGUCGUAUGCAUGCAUGCCUUGACGACCACCGCUGCUGCUGCUGCAGGUCCCGUGGGAGGGGUGCGGACAAUAACGCGCAAUACUUCUCUGGCAGCUUAUGUGGGCUCGCGUCGCUGUGUGCGCGAUCUCAGUGGUUGUAGCGGUUGUUGCGUCUCCUUUUUCUUAUCUUGUUUUAACAACGCGCUCUCCGGUUCAGCUCAUUUCGGCACUGCACUGUCGACUAGAAACGGCAUGCCGCGCCGGGUUGAGUGCCGGGGACCGCGGUGGAGACGGGAGGUACGUUUGGAGAUUUGCACGCACGUACGAUAUAUUGUUGUUGGCCUGUCUAGAGUCUACCCGCGCCGCGCGCUGUGCUUUCUUUAUACGGCAUGCCCGUAUGGAGAUCUCGCCGUGUCGAUAAGUCUACAUACUGCGUACGCUGAUUAACCCUCGGCGGCCAGCGCGACGCGCAAGCGGCGUCUCGGUGGUAGCCCAGUCGUCUAAGAAACCGACAUCGGCCCCGUCUCGAC